AUGCUCGCCAGGUUCGCACGCGGCCCCGCGAUCCCGUCGCUGGGUCUCGGCCUCCGUGCGCUCUCGACCACUACCCCAACGCACAACUUUGCCGACCUCGCGCGCAUCACGUCCUCCCCCCUCCCGUCGUCCUUCUCCGUCGCCCUUCCCCCCACCGACGUCGAGGCGCGCGGCUACGCUCCCGGGACUAUGGCCUUACGCAACGACCCUAUCCUGGAUCUGUUUACGAACAUGCUCAUGCAGCACGGGAAGAAGGCCGAGGCGCAGCGCCACGCGGCUUCUAUCCUGGCGAUGGUGCAGGCGGCUACCAACUCUCCUCCUCUGCCUCAACUCCACCGCGCGAUUGAGCUCUCUAGCCCGAGCGUGCGCUUGCUCAGCAUGAGGAAGCGUGCUAAGACGGUCAUGACGCCGCGUGGACUUACCGAUCGGCAGCGGGCGCGGACGGGGAUCAAGUGGCUCCUCAAGAGCGCUGAGCGGGGUCGGAAGGGUGGGGUGAAGCGCGAUGAUCGGGUGGCGAGGGAGGUGCUGGCUGUCCUGGAUGGGAGCUCGGAUGUGUUCAAGCGCGUCGAGGAGGUGCACAAGAUUGCCAUGCUCCAGCGCUCGAACAUCAACGCCCGGUAA